AUGGGUAUUUGCGGGUCUAAACCUGACAAAGCAGGUGAUACAAAGCCAGGUACCUCGAAAGCCAGAGUAAGGUCAGACAACAGGAAUUCUGGUGGUGCAAGUAAUGGUAAAUCCACAACGGCUGGUCAGAAGGAUGGCCAAGAUAUGGAGGGCGGACAAUCUGGCAACAGUAUGUCUAACGAAGGUGACAAGAAAACUACAUUAGAAGAAGAGUUACAAAAUACUAGAGGACUUCCGGUUGAUGAACAGAGUUCUUCACAAUCUGGUAGUAACAACCAGAAAGCCAUAAAAGUCUUAUUAUUAGGUGCUGGGGAGAGUGGUAAAUCCACAAUUCUACAACAACUCAAAAUUCUACACCAAAACGGUUUUACCAAGCAAGAAUUGAUUGAUUACACACCUUUAAUCUACGAUAAUAUAAUAGAGAUAGGAAAAGAUAUCAUCAGUGCAAGACGAAAGUUUAAUGUAGAUAUUGAUGACCCUACUCUAACAGAAGAAGAUCUAGACAAGAUUUCUAAUUACACUAGCACAAGAAAGAACACGGACGAGGAUUCCAGUGAGGGUGAAAACUCUAUUACUGUUAAACCAAGUGAACAAGCCAAUACCACCAGUAUUGUGAGUAAAGAUGAAUUCCCUAAGGAGUUUUAUCCGAUAUUAUCUAAGCUUUGGAACAUGAAAUCGACGCAAGAAUUAAUAAUGAGUGAAAAGUCAUCACAAUUUUACAUGAUGGAUUCAACAAAAUAUUUCUUAGAUAAUCUGGAUAGGAUAUGCAAUACUCCAAACUAUAUUCCUACUGAACAGGAUGUUCUAAGAUCAAGACAGAAAACUUCCGGUAUCUUUGAUACUGUUGUCAAUAUGGACAAUAACUUUCAAAUGCACAUCUAUGAUGUGGGUGGACAGAGAUCAGAGCGUAAGAAAUGGAUUCAUUGCUUUGACAAUGUUACCUUAGUAAUAUUCUGUGUGUCUUUAUCCGAAUAUGAUCAAUUUCUGAUGGAGGACAAGUCUCAAAACAGGUUCCAAGAAUCCCUAGUCCUGUUUGAUAACAUAGUUAAUAGUAGGUGGUUUGCUAGGACGUCAGUUGUAUUGUUUUUAAACAAAAUUGAUUUAUUUGCAGAAAAGAUACAAAGAGUGCCUCUGGAACACUAUUUCCCAGACUAUAUGGGUGGGAAGGACAUCAACAAAGCAGCUAAGUAUAUAUUGUGGAGGUUUGUUCAACUCAACAGGGCAAACCUAAACAUCUACCCCCAUGUUACUCAGGCUACUGAUACUUCGAAUAUAAAACUUGUCUUUGCAGCUAUAAAAGAAACUAUAUUAGAGAACUUACUAAAAGACUCUGGUGUCUUACAAUAG